UGUAGUAUCGUGGACGAAAGGCCUAAGAAAUAUCGGGCGAACUAUGAACAAUGUCGCGAGAGCCGAGGCGCCGUCGGGCCCAUCAAUGUGUCAUCGGUCUUUUCAAGUGCAUAUUUCGUGGAAAAGACCUACGUGACCCUGGCCACGAGCGUCUGCAGAACACGUGUGCGGCUGGCCUAGGAAAAAGACAACAGAAUGCGGCAAUGACCAGAGAGUGAGUCGAAAAGCAGAGUGCGAGUCGAGAAGCAGAGUGCGAGCUGAGCGGAGACAGAGGUUGCGAGUGGCGUUGCCGAGAGAGUGUGGAUUGCGCUGUUUUCUGUACGUUUGGCGUGAAUAGUUCAGGUUGAACAACAAUCGUCUUUUUCUGUCUGAUUAACAUCUCUAUUGUCCACUCUUUGUAAACACAUUAUAUCACGAUAUUACAUAUUUUUGGGGGCUCGUCCGGGAUUGGACAAGACAGAAAACGAAACGGUUUAACAGAGCUAUUCGAGCUAGUUGUGAAUUUACCGGUACGCGGUGCGGUAAAAGACGAUAUCGUUGACGGUUUAAGUUUGUGUAGUGUGAAAAAUGGCAAACGUCGGGGACGAGCGAUUGUCGGGUGAAGAGGGUUCGACGCUGGAGGAGCUGAGGAGUAAGCUCGCGCGAAUGAACCUCCCUAUAUCGGGUGCGAGGUCAGUGCUGAUUGCAAGGCUGAAUCGGGCGUGUAGGGCUGGACAAUCGUGUCCUAAGGGAUCGACGGGCGGUGAAGAGCUAACCGGUCAACGAGAUUUAGGAAACGUACAGAGAGCUGAGCGUGAUUGUAACGAAGAUGAAGAUGUUGAGAAAAUGAAUACGAAGGAGUUGAAGGAGCGCCUCGCUAGUUUGGGUUUAAAAACGACGGGAAGAAAAGUAGAAUUACGCGCACGGCUACAAGCGGCCAUGGAUGGUAACGACAUAUCGUCGGAAGAAGAAAGCGACGACGAAAGUGAGGAUGAAGAUGACAAGAAAAACGCAAGAGGAUACAAGAGAGAUACGCGAAGGGUGUAUCAGGACCGUGACGAAUGUUGUCGAAGGGCAUGCGUUGGUUCGACACUGAGUUUUAGAGACGUCGAAGAUGCAUUAGAGUCGUUUAGUGGCAACAGAGGUGAAAAUGUCGAACGAUGGUUCGAGUCGUUCGAGGAAGUCGCUGAUACGUGCAUGUGGUCGGAUGGGCAGAAGGCAGUCUACGCCAGGAAGCUGCUGAAGGGAUCAGCGAAAAUAUUCGCGAGCUUCGAGUGUCAUGCCAGGACUUGGCAUGAGUUGAAGAGGGGGCUAGUGAAAGAAUUUUCGAGGAAAGUCAACAGUAGGCAAGUUCAUCAGAAACUUGAAGAAACGAAAAAGGAGAGUGAUGAAGCAUGUUUGGCUUACAUGUACCGCAUGCUCGAAAUAGCCAGCCAUGUGGACAUGGAGGAGGAAGCAAAGGUGGAAUACAUAGUGGAUGGAAUAAUAGACGACGAGAACAAUAAGGCUGUAUUGUACGGCGCUACGUCAAUCAAAGAGUUGAGGAAGAGGUUAGUGAUGUACGAAGAGCAGAAGAGUCGCAGAGCAAAGUCGAUUGUGAAGCCGGCUAAAACCCAGAAGAACGGGAAGCCCAGUCAAUUUGUAGACGCAAUGAAGAAAAGAAGAUGCUCCAUUUGCGGUAGUGAGGAUCAUCUAAGUGUUAAGUGUCCGGAGAGGGGAGAAGGUGUUAGGUGUUCCGAGUGCAGCGGAUUUGGACAUAUUGCAGCGAGGUGUACGGCACGACCGAAAGAGACUUGCGUAGUGUCAAGAUCCGAAAAAGGGAAGUAUGUGAAAGAAGUGGCGAUAGAUGAUUGUAGGUUUGUGGCACUAGUGGAUACAGGUAGUGACUUUACGUUCAUACGAGCGGAUGAGUAUGCGAGGUUAGGAUCACCACCUCUGGGAAACUGCAAACUUAGGUUUGAUGGUUUUGGUUCCGCUGGCAAUAGUACCUGGGGCGAGUUUACAAGGGUAAUGACGGUCGACGGGUACGACUUUACUGUCACCCUGCAUGUUGUCUCCAAUAAGGUAAUGACAAGACACAGUAUACUCUUAGGUACCGAUUUUUUAGACCAGGUAGAGUUGCGAGUCAAACGGGGCGAGGUGACAUUUUUACGACUCGACGAUCAGACCGACGGUCACGAGGACGCGCCGGAUGUACUGAGGGUAAACGCGAUAGAACAAUCCGACGAGAUCGACUUGUCGCAUGUACGAGAACCUCAUUACCGUGAAGCCAUUCGGGAUAUUAUUAAAGGGUAUAGGCCGGAGAAGAAGAGAGACGUCGGGAUAACCGCGAAAAUAGUUCUGAAAAGCGACAAACCGGUAGCGCGAAGACCGCGAAGACUGGCGCCGUCGGAAAGAAGGGAAGUAGAUGAUCUGAUGGAAGCGUGGACAAACGAGGGUGUCAUCAAAUCGUCAGACUCGGAGUAUGCGAGUCCGAUAGGUGUAGUUAGAAAGAAAGAUUUGUGUGUGCGUGCGGCUAGAUGGGCCUUGUUACCAGGCGAGUUUAAGUAUCAGGUGUGUCAUCGGCCGGGGAAAAGUAUGCAGCAUGUAGAUGCUCCGAGUAGGAACCCCCUGCCGAGCACUAUGUACGUAACGGAGAGUGAAGACGGGCUGUUUGCACGGUUGAGAAGGGCACAGAACAAGGACAUUGAAGUCCGUAGGAUUUUGGACGCCGCAACGUGCGGUCAGGCCGAUGGGCAGGUAGUAAGAAACAAUAUUUUGUAUAAGGAGUGUAAAGACGAUGUGCUAAUAGUAGUAUCGAAGGCGAUGCGGGCUCAAGUAGUCAGGCAAGCGCACGAGCGUGGGCAUUUUGAGGUUACCAAAACAGAAGUUAUGGUCAAGAAGGACUUCGAGUUCAAGGGGUUACGCGAAAAGGUCGAACACGUGGUAUCCAACUGCCUUGACUGUAGCCUAACCGAACGAAACAUAGAAGUUAAUCCCCAAUCAAUUAAGUUAAAAGAUGCCAUAGAGACAGUACCAGUGUUCGACGGACAUCGACCCUCGGUAUUUCGAUUUUUAAGAGCAUGCGAGCGCGCACGAAACAUGGUUCCAAAGCAUCAAGAAUCUCAGUUAGUAAAAUUAUUAACGAAUAAACUUCGCGGACACGCAUUUCUCGCCAUAGAAGACACAGAAGUAAUAAGUUUAAACGAUUUCGGGAAUAAAUUAAAAGAUAUGUUCGGUCCGGGAAAAACGGUUAACGAAUAUAAAGGGGAAUUAGAUCGCGUCAAAGAUCUCAGACUGGCGAUAAUGAACGGGGAAAGGUACGAGUACGGCACCGUAUUUCAAGAUAGGAUAGAUCGAGACACGAGGGAAGCUUUCGUUAAGGGGCUCCCAAACGAGGUGUAUUUACGAGUAAAGAUAGCAGGAUACCAAUCCUUGGACGAUGCGUACCGCCAAGCCGUGAAAGCAACACGAGAAUUAAAACAAGUGAACAAUAGAAUUCGAUACCAACAUCCGACACCUUCGGAUAAUUAUAACCAAAACAACGUUCAUCCAUCAUACAAUAGUAUCUAUACUGGAAACAACCGCCAGGACUGGAGAUUUGUACCGCCGUCGCGGAAACAUCUAAACAACCCGGGAAUAGAAGAAAAUGUCAGGAAAAAAACAAGAGCAAUAACUUGGGUAGAAAAACGCAUAAACAAAUACCUCGAUAGAGAUCUAAAUCAAAAGAGAGAUGCUGAUCAUUUCAACCAAUCAACUUUUCAAUGCAAACAUCAUUCCGUUGCUGUGAUAAGGGAUAAUGUCACGUUAAAUAAUAAGAGGACGCACGGUACCAUAGACAGGAUCAUGAGUGAGAAAUUUUCUGAGUUACUAAACAAGAUAAAUAAUAUUAGUGCCAAAGAACUUUCAGACGAAGCAGGAACUAGGAAAUUGAACGACGAGACGACAGGCAAUGCUUAUCCACUGCCUAACAUUACAGAUAUAUUGGACCCGCUGGGAAGUGCAAAUUGCCCCUCCACGUUCGACUUGGCAAAGAUACAAAAGCAAGAUUCUACGAAUUUCGUGAAUGUUUCAACCAUAAUAGGAAAAGAGAUAGCGAGUGCAUCUCACUCAAAAACCUCUAUAAAACCAUCAGAAGGAAACUUUAUCGAACUCAAAGCCAAAUCAUUAAAUUGCAAGGAAGAUCACACUAUAGAGAAUAAAAAUAUAGCUAUCCAUAAAUCCAAAACAGAAUCUAUAAGCAGAAAGGUAGAGGAAAAUAAAGGUGUUGUGAAUAAAGUAAAUAAAGAAGAAAAAGGGGUAACUAAGGAAAAGGAUUCUAAACAUUUUCAAGCUGAAGAAACACAAGUCCAACGAGCUCGAAGAAAUCAAAAGGGAGAAAAUAGGGAAUCACCAGUCGAAGAUAUAUAUAAAAACUUGAAUAAAUACGCUAGCCAUUGGAUUAUAAUUGGAUUAAAAAUACUUUAUUGGUUACUACAUCUAAUAUUUGACGUAGGGGUAACAUAG